AUGUUAUCACAAUUUUUCAUUGUACUUAUAUUAGGUUUUACUUCUUUCAAUAUUAUUCAAAGUAUUGAAUUUGGAUGUGAAUACAAUUCAACAACUUAUCCGAUUGAUACUGAAUGGACAUUAUCUGAAUCUUGUCAAACAUGUAAAUGUUUAUCAAAUAAAAUUAUUAUUUGUCGAAAUCGAACAUGUCAAAUGCCAAAAGAUUGUCGAAUGGGUGAACAAUUAACAUUAAAACCAGGUAGUUGUUGUCCAACAUGUUCACCUAUUCGACGUUCUUGUCUCUAUGAUAGUACUGCAAUACUUCACAAUACUAUAUUCUAUCCUAAAUCAUGUCUUCAAUGUCGUUGUCGAGAUGGUCAACUGUUUUGUGAUGAUAUUUGCCAUCAAUCAAUCUUACAAAGUAUGUAUUUAUUGGAUUGA